CGGCCGCGAGGUCGGGAAGGGGCGGGGCUCGGUGCGCUGCGCCCGCCCCGGAAGCAGAGGUGGAAGCCCACGGAGCCCUCCCUCUGCCGAGUGGCUGCUUUGCGAUGCCUGUCCCAUUGAGCGACUUCCACGCACCGAAGAUGCCUUCCGUGAGGGAAGCGAAGGAGGAGGUCCUUCUAGCGACGCAGGAGGCCAGCUUCUGAGGAUUGCAGGCUCGAGGCCAGCUGGGGUAGACAAGCUCGGGAGACUCGCCAGUUAACCAGCAAAAUGCCAGACUGGAGACCAUGAAGUAGGAAGCGAGCCCUGGUCCCACUGCACUGCCGGCCGGCCGAGCCCACCUGUUCCUCAGCAUGUGACCACCUCUCCGCGGUCUCUCCAAACCCGCCGUGUCCCUGAUGGCCCCGCCCAAAGUCCCAAAGCAGGCACCACAGUCUGCCAAACCAGAUAAAGGGAAGAAAGGAGGAGGCAAGUCUCGUGGGAAGAAGCAGAAGCCGGAGGUGGACAUCCUCAGCCCGGCAGCCAUGCUGAACCUCCACUACAUUGCCCACAAUGCGGCUGACUGCCUUUACCUGCGGGGCUUCUCCUGGCCAGGCGCACCCAAAGGGAAAAAAGGGAAAAACAAGAUUUAAGCGAUGGAAUUUGAGAGUAUCUUAUUACAGAACAUCAGUGAGAGAAAUCAGGAGAACACCGUGACUGCAGGCAAAAUAGACUUUACCAGAGACACCAAGAAAUGCGUGAUCUGUGUACUCUGUGGUAAAUGAUGGUAAAUGUGUUUCACUUCCUUGGCUAAGCUGGCUGUGGUUAGCCACUUUGGUUUUUCAGAACACUUAAGGGAGGGAAAAACCUGAGUGAUUCUUACAACAGUGUGGUAGAAUUGAUAGGACUUUAAAACAUAAUUCUGGACCAGAAUUAAACCUUGCUCUCAAAAGGAAA